GAUGAGCUGUGAGGGAGGGCAGGCCAGCAUUAAAGCUUAAGCAAGUCAGUGGAAGCCACCGUGUAAAGUAAGUAACUAUCACCACCAUCAUAUCAUAUAUAAUCAAAGCGGCAAGAGCAGCCAUGGAAGAUCCAGACCCAAAUGUCACCAUAUAAUUAACACCGCAGCACAACCUGUAGCCAUGAGUACCCCCACCCCCACCCCUGCAGAUCAAUCUCAGUCUCUGAUGGGCAACGUCUGCCGGACAACCUCGUCCACCGACGUCGCCGAGGAGUACGAGGCUUCCUUCCAGGCCAGAGAAGACGAAAUCGAACGCCGCAAAAUCGCCAUGAGAGAAAAAGUCCAGUCUCAGCUCACCCGCGCCGAGGAAGAGACCCGACGCCUCGCCCAAGUUUGGGAGGAACUCGAAGUUCUCAGCGAUCCUAUGAGGAAGGAAGUCGCCACUGUUCGUAAGAGAAUCGAUUUAGCCAAUCGCGACCUCAAAUCUCUUGGACAGAUCUGCCAAAAGAAAGAGAAAGAGUACAAAGAAGCUAUGGAGGCUUUGCAAGAAAAGAACAACGAGAAAUCUCAGCUCACCAAUACACUUGUCGAGUUGGUGGGUCAGAGUGAGAAGCUGAGGAUGAAAAAGUUGGAAGAACUCAGCAAGUUUGUGAACUCAGACAUCUGAGUUAUUCAAAUUCAAUGAUCUUAUGUAUGUUCUGUGUGAUCUCUUUGAUUUUUUAUUUUUUUCGCUGUUCGAUUUCGAUUUUAACCAUCUGUUUGUUGCCAUGUUAAUUUUUUGGAGUUGAUUGACAAUGGUAGAGCGAGUGCAGCCAUUACUGGUUAGGAUUACUGACAAUUUACAAUGUAAUGAAGUUCGAAUAUCGAUUUGUGGAUUAAUUGGUUUGGAUUGAUUCUUAGUACUCGAAAAAUAUGUUCUUUUCUUCAUUUAUUGAGAACAAAUGCUUGUAGAUGUUAUGCAA